AUGGUCAAUCAGAAGAAACAUCCUCUAGCUAGUAUUCUAAAUGGCAUGCCCACAAUCCGCGAACGAGUCGAAGCCCGUCGUCAAGCCUUAAAUGAAAAGAGACAGCAAAACGGACGAGUACGUUAUGAAGAUCCCACUAGGACAUUAAAGGUUCAUCCGGGAGUUUCAAGUGAAGCGUCGAUGCAAAAGUACUCUCAGCUUCAAAUCGAGCGCGACGAGUUACGCAGAAGUCAAGAUCAAGAAAACGCGCCGUUGUCUCUCUCCAACGAACCAAUCCGGAAGAUCAAUCUCCCCAACAACUACGCACAGAACCACCCAGAGCUUCCUCGCUAUCAACCGCCAGCGCUCCGAGGUCCAAGGGAUAACGCAUCAGGACGAUAUGCCCAGUUUCUCUGGACGGAGAAUGAGAUGGCGAGGAAUAACGGGUGUGUGGAUUUACGGAGACUGUUGACGGAUCGACAGCAAGUGUUCCGGAAUGCGAGGGCGGUUGCGGAGGCGGAGAGGUUGAAGAGGGGGGUGCUGGUGGCGGUUGGGAAUUGGAUUGCGGGGUGUAGGGGGGAGGGGUGUGAGGGGUUUGUGGGGAGGGGAUGA